CAUGUGAUAUGGCCGACGGCUGGCUCUCUUUGGGCUUCAGUUGCUACAAGAAGAUGGUGACCCCCAACGGUUGGCUGGGGGCCCGGCACGACUGCAUCUGGGAGGGCGGCGACCUGGUCUCCAUCGCCUCACCGGACGAGGAAGCCUUCGUGAAGGAGCAAAUGGGCGACGACGACCCCUUCUGGAUCGGACUCUCCAAUCUGAAAUGUGACGAGGCUUGGUGUCGGUAUGACAAGGAGCAAAAGAAGCUGACUUGGUCCGAUGUCCGCGUGAUGGCGAGCUACUCCAACUGGGACUCGCGUCAAGUUGGAAGCGCCGACGAAGAGUCCUGCGCGUACGUCAACCAAGGCGCGCACCGCGACAAUCAGCCAGGAAAGUGGCGACACGGCUCGUGCGGAUCCUCGUUGGCCUUCAUGUGCGAGCGCCCACUGAACGACUGCCCAGAGGGCUGGCCGUGUGCCUUCAAAGACUUCAGUUACAAUCGAGUGGAGACUUCUUACUGCGACCCCUUCGACUUCCUGUUCGACGAUUCUUGUUAUCAUUUCGAGGGGAUGAAGAAGGUGCAGUGGGCCGCCGAGAGGUUUUGCAGAGGACGCAAAGGUCACCUGACCAGCGUCCUCUCAGUGGACGAAGGCAAUUUCUUGGCAGCUCACAUGCGAGACGCAGGAGGAUUUCAGCCUUUUGUGGGACUGAGGAAGAAGGAAAACGAGUGGUUUGACGGAAAACCAACAGUAAGUAAAAAAUUGACUGCAGUCUAAAGAAGUUUGCCUUUACCCGAAGGCCAAAGAUUGGAAUUGUAGUCAUAUAGCAAGAAUAG